CUUCGGCGGAAAAGUAAUUGCUUUGAAACAUCAUGGGUGAUAAGGAGCAACUUAUCUCAGAUGAAUUGGUGGAAGCCCCUCGAAAUGUCCCUACAAAGGAGGUCGCUGAAAAGCUACCCUGGUACUAUUCGGGUGGAUUCCUCAUGUUUUGGGGUCUCCUCUUCUUCGCCAUUGUAAUACCACUUUUCUAUCGCCUACCAAACGCAAUGACAAUGGAGGACGCAAAUAAAAACGUGUUUAUUGCGGAACGGGCAUACAAAAAUCUGUAUGCUCUGUCUAAUAUUGGUGUCAAAUUGACGGGUAGCAAGGAAAACGAGGUUGAUGCGGUGAAUUUUAUUGUGAAUGAACUGGAACAAAUUCAAAGUGUCCUUCUGACGGACUAUUUUGAAUUGGAGAUUGACGUUUCCAAUGUCUCCGGUGCAUUCCCAUACAGUACAAUGCUAAACAUGUAUCAAGGAGUUCAAAAUAUUGCCGCAAAGUUGUCUCCAAAAAACAGUACUAGUCAGACCUACCUCCUUGUGAAUAGUCACUUCGAUUCAAAGCCAUUUACCAACUCUGCGGGUGAUGCCGGUUUCAUGGUUGUCACGAUGUUGGAAGUCUUACGGGUUAUUGCAACAACCAAGAAACCCAUCGAACAUCCAAUUGUAUUUCUAUUUAAUGGAGCAGAAGAAAACGCUCUUCAAGCGUCUCAUGGUUUUAUCAAAAAUCACAGAUGGGCGCCUCUUUGCAAGGCUGUCCUUAAUCUUGAUGCCGGUGGUACUGGAGGUAAAGAUGUUCUAUUUCAGAGUGGUCCCAACCAUCCAUGGCUUAUGAAAUACUACAAAAAAUUCAUCAAGUAUCCUUUGGGUACAACUGUGGCUGAGGAAAUUUUCCAGUCAGGCAUUAUUCCCUCGGAUACCGACUUCCGACAGUUCAAUAUUUAUGGCAAGAUUCCAGGAUUGGACAUGGCUCAGUUUAUUAAUGGCUUCGUGUACCACACCAAUUAUGACCUAAUCGAUGUAAUUCCUCGCGAAUCCCUGCAGAACACUGGUGAUAAUGUUCUCAGUCUGGUUCGAGGUUUGGCCAAUGCAACCGAAUUGCAUGAUACUGAGGCUUACAAGGCUGGAAAUGUAGUUUUCUUCGAUUUCUUGGGCCUCUACUUCUUCCAUUAUACAGCAGCUGCUGGAAAAUCCUUGAACUUUGGCGUUGCUGGAGCUGCUCUCAUUCUGGUUUUCGUUUCCAUGUGGCGAAUGGCCGCAGUUUCCAAUGUAUCAACUUGUCACGUGAUGCGUUGGUUCAUCCUGGUCUUUGUGAUCCAAAUCAUUUCAUUUGUUCUCGGACUAGCCCUUCCAGCUGUGGUCGCAUAUGGAAUGGACUCCAUUGGAUUAUCGCUGACUUACUACAGUGUCCCAUUGUUGGUAAUCGGGUUGUAUGUGUGCCCCUCACUUCUUGGCCUCAGUAUUCCCCUAGCAAUCUACUAUCACUUCCAACGCAACGAUAAAAUAUCAACGCCAUAUCACGUACAAUUGUCAUUGCAUAGUCAGGCUGUAAUCCUCGCUGUCAUUACAAUUGGUGUUCAAUACUUGGGCUUGCGUUCUUCAUAUAUUUUCGUAAUUCCCCUUCUGUUCUAUGUUGUUUCCUUGGCUUUUAAUCUAUUGACCACUCUACACGAUCGUGGCUAUGCCUGGACAGGUCUGGUGAAGAUUGGCCAGAUUGCUCCUUUCCUGUAUAGCAGCUACCUGAUCUAUAUAUUCAUUGUGGUGCUGACACCGAUGGGAGGUCGUGCUGGAAGUGGAUCCAAUCGGGACUUGUAUAUUGCUGUCUUGGCAGCCCUAGGAUCAGUCCUCUCCUUUGGUUUCCUGAUUCCGUUGAUUAACACUUUCCGUCGACCAAGCUUUGUGGUAUUCCUGCUCCUGGCAGCCACAGCCCUGUCGUUGUACUUGGCCAGCAGCACACAAUUGGGAUUCCCUUAUCGUCCAAAGACGAAUGGUCAACGAGUUUCUUACUUGCAAGCACGCAAUAUGUUCUACGAAUUUGAUGGGACUCUCAGCAAGGACGAGUCUGGUUAUCUGUUUAACUUUCAGGACCGACGUGAAGAAAGAGCCUGGAAGGGCACUAGGGCUAACCUCACUGGAUUAGUUAGCAUUAAAUCGAGGUGUGAAACUCAUAUGAUGUGCGGAAUGCCGUUGUAUGACUACCGCUAUUAUCAGAAUCGACUAAGCUGCAAGUGGUUACCACGUUCCGAGCCUAUUGUACCACCAGGAUUAACUACAUUGACGCUAUUGAGCAAAACCAGUGUUAAUGCUACCACUACUCGCUUCACAUUUGUUUUGACUGGACCGGAUCACAUGAGUAUAUUCGCUAAAACCGAGCCAGAUGUUAUAAUAAGUGACUGGUCGUUCUUGCGUUCCCAUCUUGCCACACCGCAGCCUUACCACAUUUAUUUCACUUAUGGUAUUGAUGACUCUCCUUUAGAGUUCUGGAUCGAAGUUACGAAAGAAGAUGGCGAUUUUAAUGUACAGUCAUUCCAAAUAGCAAUAUCCGGACAUUACAUUAAAUUCCCGAGUGAUGCCGAAGGUUUGAAGUUCUCCUCAUCAUUCCCCUCAUUUGCAAUUCUGGCUCAGUGGCCUGUUAUAUACAAAAGUUACCAUUUUUAAUUCAAUGAAAUCUUUUGUACAUAAUUUACAACAGUAUAAAUAAAGAGUUUAAUAUAUGUGCACUUAAA